AGUGUAAACUAGUGUUCCACGUGUUAAAAUACUUAAAGAUUUAGUGACCCUGUCGUCUGUAUGUUUUAUAGGUAGCUGCAAUGGAUGAAAAUUAUCGAAAAGCCUUACAAAACUUAAAUUCAUACCUAGUAAAAAAUUUAGAAUUGAGUACAGAUUUCCUAGUUAAAUUUAGAGAUACUGGAAUUAUACAGUCAAGCUGGAUUGCCAUUAUUAUGGUACAGACAGCGGCCAGCAAAGAAGAGAGAAACUCCAAAUUUUUAGAAUGUAUUACAAAGACAGAUAACAAUGCAUGGGAAAUAUUAAUGCAAUCCUUAACCGAUACGGAUCAAGAUGAAAUAGCUCUAAAAUUACGUCAUUCAUUAAUUGAAGUAGAGGAAGAAAAUGAAAAAGAAGAAUCAUGA